AUGGACCUCGCCAUUCGUGUCAACGUACGCUACGCUGCCCCCGUCAACUCACAGAUAAAAGACGCUUUACUGCUAUUUAAGAGCGCGCGCUGGGUGCAUUCAAUCAUUCGCUACAUUAUCCCACAGCUUAACAACGUAUCGCCUGCUGCGAUACACCUCCUAGAGACGAUUAAAAAUAAGCCAGCAGAUGUCCGGCAGCAUAAGAACGGAGAGAGAGCAGUCUGUGUCGUGUGCAUGGAGGCGCUUGUAUCACCUUGUGCUGAAUUGCCAACAUGCUGCCAUCAAUUUCAUGAGCGUUGUAUUGAGCCCUGGCUUAAGAUGCACAGCACCUGCCCCACGUGUCGGCACCAAUUGCCUACUGAUGCCCACACAAGCUACAGUGUCUACGCUAUCAAUACUACUAUUGUCUUACAGCAGUCUCAAUCCAACAUGCCUGCAGCCGAAUUGCUCGAUCUAUCGGCGAGCAACCAGGUUAUUCAAGCUAUUGUGAACGCACGUGUAAGACGAAAUGCAGCUUCAACGUCAGCAAUUGACUCAUUCAUGCGCAGACCGAGCGACAUUUCAACAGAAGUACCCGUUUUGAACGCAAGUGUCUUGCAACACAGCUCCAGGAUGACCGCAUCACUACCUCCUUGUAUCACUGAACCUGUUGUGCCAGUCAUUCACCGAAACGCAUCACGUCGCCGUUUUCGAGAGCAGGAUGCCAUUCGAGCGAUCGGCAAGCGACGACGACUGAGUGGACACGAUAUUGCAACCUCGUGA